ACGUGAAGGCCAAUAUAAAACACAUGUAAUCAGCCGUCUAUAGUUAAAUGUGGGCCCAAAAAUAGUGCCAGAUUAGUGAUGUUCUAUCGAUAUAUGUGGUUCUUUCCAUCCAAAUCUAACUGCAUUCGGGAGCCUCAAUAAUGGUGUCCGUUUUCAGUAAUAUAAGUCGUCUCUAUGCUUUGAGCUUGUCCUCCUUUAAUCACUACUCAUCACAAUGGUGCCUCCCGAAGCCCAACGAAAAUUUGCAUUCGACGGUACCGAUCUCGAGUAUAUACGAUAUCUAGAGGAGCAUGUAGCACGUUUACAACGCCAAUUGUCCAACCAAACUUCUCCGGUCCAGCAGAAUUGGCUACCAAGAAAGCCCCAGCCGCCUUCUGAAUUCGUCCUUAUCUCUAGUUCAAAGUUUGGAAAUCAGCAUCAAAAUCACGAUAAAAACAACAACCUAGACUUGUCGGUUCAGCUAGGCCCGCAUGUCAACCGAUUCCUGACCCCUAUAGCAAAUAACGAUAAAGAAUGGCUGGAGAAGAGAAAAAGGACCGGUAUUAAUACACCGUCACAAUAUCUCAGGAUAUUUCUCGGCCUUAUUCGCACUUCGGAUCUGACUACUUCGGUCGGUACAGGUCUCGGCCCAGGAACCCGCGCCAAGCCUAUUGACAUCAUCCGCGACUAUUGCACUUUUGCCAGUAGUCUCCAGCAAAAUGCGGAGCAGGAGACGCAGGUGUCGAGAUUGGCAACGUUGUUAUUUUUAGGUAUUUGUUGUGUAAGCUUGGAGGUUGGCGUAGAUAUGGACACUGUCGAUAAUUAUAUCAAGACCUUUUUGAGGAAGCCAAAAACUAGCUCGGUAUACUGCUCCAGGCUGAGGAAGGCGUCAAAGUGGGCUGGUCAAUUGAUGGAGAAACUUGAAGAGGUGUUGGGGCGCCGAAGUUCUGAGCUCUUCCUACUUUGUGAGUAUUUCCUAACCAAAGACUGAGACUCAACCACCCAUUAAUUAGACACGUGGACAGAUGGACCGGAUAUUGCACUAUAUCAAAAAUUAUCCGAACACUCGGAUAGCGCCGGUCAUAUUAUCAAGAAGAUGGAGGGAAUGCCCGCAGCCUUGCGACAGGUAGCCGUCGAUGAGCCAGGCAUCUCCUU